AUCUAGAGCUGAAUCAGUGCCUUGAUUCGCUGUCGUGUUAGAGUCGUGUAGCUGAAAUUGAUAAAUUUAUAAUUAAGUGCAAUUAAAUUUAUUGAGUGUAGAUAGCAUUAUAAAUUCUUUUCACGGAUAUUGAUAGUGACGUGACGAGCCUCUGGGCUCUAGUUACUUGCAACUCACGCACAGCCGCUAAGAACUGUAGCAAAAUGAAACGUGGCAGGUCUCUGCUGUCUCUCGCGCUGCUGCUGAGCUGUCUCUGCUCUGCAGCUGGCUUGAGCCUCGCGAACGGCACAAUUGUUGCUGGCUUGACCGAUGGCAGCGCCGCUGGCAAUGCCAAUUCGCCCACACUUGGCGCUGGCCUCGGCGCUGGCGGCAGCAAUAGCAGCGGCGGUGCGAGCAACAGUGGUGCCAGCCCGCCAAGCGGUGGCACGGCCGCCCUAUCGAACAGCGAGCCAAGCGGUAGUAGCGGCAACAGCGGCUCAUCGGCCGGUGGUGCAGCUGGUGGCAGCAGCGCAGGCAGCAGCGGCGGUGGCAGCAGCGACACAAACUCCGCCCUGAUGCAGGCGCCCAAGGAAAAGCAGUACGAGAAGUGCACUGGACCGGGCGAUCCGGGGCCGUGUAAGCAGUACAUAUACAAGUGGCGCUACGAGCCGACGACCGGCGAAUGCAGCACCUUCAUCUGGGGCGGCUGCGAUGGUAAUCCGCAGAAUCGGUUUAGCACCGAGCCGGAGUGCCUCUUUCACUGCGUUGGCGGACCACAUACUUUGCCGCCAUUUUUGCUGUCGACCACCCGGGAGCCGAGCACCACGGAAUCGUCUCAGGCCAGCUACACACAGAGUCCGGCACAGCUGCCCGCGGGCUACAAUGGUGGACGGUUAAUGGGCGGCACCACGCCCGUGCCCAUCGAGCAGCGCGGUCCCGAAUUGACAUUUGCGGAAACGGGUCAGGGCAAGACCUUCAUGUUUGCCAAAAACAACACGUUCAUCCAAAUGGACGGCGACAUCAUACAGACAUUUCAAUUACGACUUUGCCGGGAGAUAUCAUUUCAGUUUCGCACACGCCUGCCGCACGGCCUGCUCGUCUAUCACAAUGUUAAGAAUCCGGAUCGCAUUAAUUUGGACCCCUAUGCACUCUAUGUGAUUGUCGAGAAGGGUCAGCUAAAGGUUGUACAUGUCUUUGGCAAGCAUUCAACGAGUGUCACUGUGGGCGAGAGCCUGAAUCGAGAUGAAUGGCACAGUGUUAUGGUGCGCAUCGAUGUCCAUGGGGCAAGAUUAAUUGCACGCGUCGACAAUAGUCAGGAGGAGGUAUAUCUGAAAGGUCUGAAUCACGAGUACAACUACGGCGUCUCCACGAAUUUGCCAUCGGUGGUGCUGGUCGGAGGCCUCUCGUCCGAGGAGAAGCUGCAUGGCGUUAAAUAUAUUACCGAAUCGUUUGUCGGCUGCAUUCGCAACGUGGUGCUUAGCUCCGGCAAAGCGGCAUCCGAUCUGCUGCCAAUUGCCCCACUGGUGGCCACCAAGCACGAGAACGUCAACGAAGGCUGCUCCGAUAUGUGCGACUCCUCGAAUCACAAUCUCUGCUUUGUGGGCUCCCGUUGCAUCAACCACUAUGCGGGCAUCUCAUGCGAUUGCUUUGGCACACACUACGAGGGCGAGCACUGUGACAUUUACACUGCCACAAUUAUAACUCUGCGCGGCGCUAGCUAUGUCGCCUAUCGCAUCUAUGACUGGAAGGACCGUGUGCACUCCAAUACCAUACGCAUCAGCAUGAUUUUUCGCACCAAUUUCGAUGACUCGGCUUUGUUCUAUGCCAGCGGAGAAUCGUUGAAGCAUCAGUACAUAGCAGCCGCUAUCAAGAAUCAAUCGAUACAUGUGGAAAUGGAUUUCGGUGACAAUGUCAUGUCCACGAUUCUAACGGAUGACCUAACGCGCGGCUAUUGGCACAACCUGACCAUACUCCAUGAGCAGCGCUCCGUGCGCAUCAUAUUGGAUCAUCAGCAAAAGAUUUUGGAGCUGCCGGCAACAGCUAGUGGCAAUCUGUUGUUCGAUCCGGAAAUCUAUUUUGGCGGCGGACCAGAGCUCAACAAAAAGAAGGGCCUCAUCUCGCACAACAAUUUCGUGGGCAGCCUGAAGUAUGUCUACUACAAUGACAUUUCCAUACUCUACGAACUGCAGCGCGGCAAUCCCAAGGUUCACUAUCACGGUGUCUUGGAGGCCGAAUUCUUUGAGAACGAAGUGAAUGUCAUACCUAUCACCUAUCCCUUUGCGACAUCACACAUUUGGUGGCCCAUAAAUCAUGCCCAAGAAUUUAAUAUUAAAUUCGAUUUCCGCAGCAGCCGCCCAGGCGCUGUGUUGGCCUACAGUGACGUCACGACCAGCGCCGGAAAUGGCUUCUGGGAGAUACGGUUAAGCUCAGACAAGCUGAGUUUCGAUCUUGUGCCCGAUGUCAAUAACAAUGUUACCCACUCGACAACGAUUAAAAUCAAUCGUGCCACAUCCUGGCACAGCGUCGAGCUGGACUACAAGCACGGCGAGAUUCGCUUCACGGUGGACUAUCGUCACACGCUGAGCCAGAUGUUCGGGCUGACUUUCAACAUUGGCGACAAACUCAUCAUUGGCAGCAGCCUCAAGUCGGCGGCAAUGGGCCUGGUCGGCUGCAUUCGCGAUAUCGAGAUCAACGGCCAUUUGAUUGAGCCGCGGCAUGUGGUCAAAACGGAGCGUGUCGUCGGCGAGGUGGCUCUCGACAAUUGCAACUACAUUGAUCCGUGCAAGCGCCCAAACACCUGUGAGCAUGGCGGCAAGUGCUUCGUAAAGGACGAUCGUGUCACCUGCGACUGCAAGCACACGGGCUACAUUGGCAAGAAUUGCCAUUUCACCAAGUACCGCAAGACCUGCGAGGAGCUGGCUCUACUGGGCUUCACCAAAUCCGAUGUCUACCUAAUUGAUAUCGAUGGCAAUGGCGUAUUUCCGCCUGCCCAUGUCAAGUGCGACUUCCAGAGCUUGGAGAAUGCGACGAAAACAAUUGUGGAACAUAAUUUGCCCAGCCAAGUGGAUGUGAGGUCAGCGCGUGAAACGGACUUUAGCUUCAACAUACGCUACAGAGAGUUCUCACCCCACAUGCUGCAGGAGCUGAUAUCACAUUCGCUCUACUGUACGCAGUACAUCAAAUACGAUUGCUAUCGCGCCCAGCUGGAGCUGCACUCGGCCACUUGGUUUACGUCGUCCGCCAAGAAUCUCACUGUCGACUUUCUGGGCAAUGUCAAGAGAGGCGCUUGCCCGUGCUCCGUCAACAAGACGUGCGUGGACCCGAAUCAAUCAUGCAACUGCGAUGUGAAGGAGAACAAAUGGAAUUCGGAUGAGGGCUACUACCAGGAACCGCACAGUUUGGGCAUCACCAACAUGUAUUUCCUGCAGCAGAAAGACCUCGACGACGAGGCCCAGGGCCGCAUCACGCUGGGUCCACUCGAAUGCGUGGAGACAAAUACCCAAAAGUAUGUGGUCACCUUUACCACAUCACAGUCGUAUAUUGAGGUGCCCGGCUGGCGCAAGGGCGAUAUUGCCUUCUCAUUCCGCACCACAGGCGAGAAGGCCAUUCUGCUGUUCCAACCGCCCAUUCGGGCGCAUUAUCCUUCGUUCAUGGUGGCCCUGACUGGCGACUACCAGCUAACGUUCAAUUUUACGCUAAGCACGGGCACCACACGGGAGCUGGUGAUUAACUCGCAUCGCAGGUUAAAUGGCGGCGAAUGGCAUAAAAUAUGGAUAGACUAUAAUCAAUAUCAUGUGCGCUUCAUGAUAAACACCGAUUACCAGAUGCUCGACCUGCUGCCCGAGGAGGAAUUUGGACCGUUCGAGGGCAGCAUGUACAUCGGUGGCGCCACAUUCGACCUGCUGAAGAAGCUGUCUGUGAAGGCGGGCCUCAUCGGCUGCUUCCGCGGCCUGGUGGUCAAUGGCGAAAUACUCGACAUCUACAGCUAUAUGUCUGUGCACCUGUCGGAGAUUAUCAAGGACUGCAAGCCGUCUUGUGUGCCAUCGCCCUGCCGCAAUGGCGCUCAGUGCAAGGAGCUGUGGAGCAGCUUCAAGUGUGUCUGCAACAAUCCGUGGGCACACAUCGGCGAGUUCUGCGAGACAAACAUCAAUGAGAAGGCGCUGACAUUUAUCAACCGCGAAUCGUUUUUAAUGCGCAACUAUCUGAGUGUCGGAGCCACGCCAGCUAUACUGCUGCAUGGCAUUGAAGGCGAGCGGGAGAUGCUGAAGGGCAUCUUGAGCCAGAACCUCUUGAUCAAUCUGCGCACCUACGACACCAACUCCCUGGUGCUAUAUGCCAACGAUCACUACAACAACUUUGUGCACCUCUACAUUAGUCAAGCGCGCGAAAUUGUCUUCCUCUAUAACUAUGGCGACGAGAUUGUCAAUCUAACGCUGCAAGACGAGACACUGAUGGGCAACCUGAAGAGCAUACAGGUGGCAAUUGUGCGCGGCGAACAGGAGACGCGCAUGCAUGUCAAUCAGCGCAGCGUGAGCAUCGAGCGGGGCACUUUACUCCUGGAUGAGUAUGCCAACAAGCCGUGGAGCAAUCCAGAGAAGGAGGUGCUGUCGCCCCAUCGACCGCCCGCACCGCCUACGGAGUACUUCCAAUUCCAUGUCGGUGGCUACGAUCCGGCAAAUUUGCUGCGACCAAAUGUGGAUGCACCAGCACUCGAGGGCUAUAUCGGCUGUGUGCGCGGCCUCAAAAUUGGCGCCCAGUUGAUCGACUUGGCGGAAAUCAAUGAAAGGAAUAUAGCGCCCACUCUGGAUGGCGUCCUGCCCAAUUGCCAGAUCAAGUGCGAUGCAGAGCCCUGCAAGAAUGGCGGCAUUUGCAAGGAGCACUUUGCCGAACAGCUGUCCACCUGCGACUGCGAGCACACCAGCUUCCUGGGCGAGUUCUGUUCGGUGGAAAAGGGCGCCGAUUUCAGUGGCGAGUCCACGCUGCAGCGCAAAUUCGAGCUGCCCAGCACGGGCAGCGUUAACUAUGUGCGUCUGCAGCUGGCCUUCUCGUCGUUCGAUUUGCGACGUGCCAAUCGCAUUAUGCUGCUGCUGCAGACAGCUGCGGAGCGCAGCUAUUAUCUGCUGCUGGCCAUCACAUCGGAUGGCUACCUGCAGUUCGAGGAGGAUCGCGAACAUGGCCAAACAGUGGGCGCACGCAUCGAUCGGAAUUUCCUGAACAGCGCUCGCCACUCGGUCUACUACGAACGCAAUGGCACCCAAGCGCUGCUCUACAUUGAUCGCGAACAGGUGCCGCUAACGGCCUUUGCUGCACGCGCGCUCACCAGCAGUCCGGACGAGGGCGCAAAUCGGGCACAGAUCGGCGGCAUCAACACCACGGAUUCACGCUUUGCCAUCUUUAAGAGCUACAGCGGUUGCCUGUCAAACAUCUAUAUACAGGUGAAUGGGCACGUUAUGAAGCCACUUGAGGAAUAUAUGCUGUUUACCAAAUCUGGCGCCGACAACAUAACCGUCAUUAAUCCGCAGGGCCUACGCAGCGCUCAAUGCAAUGCCAAAUUCGAUGUGAGCGAACAGCCCACCCAGGAGCCGAUGGUCAACGUGAGCAUGAUACCAGAGCCUUGGGUCGAGGAGCCGCCGCAACGUGUACCCUAUAUUUCGACAUUCGUUUAUGAUGUCGACAAAAAGGAGGACUCCACCCAGGUGCUGUUCAUAACGCUGACCAGCGUGUUUGUCAUCAUUGUUGUGUGCUGCCUGCUUGAGGUAUACCGCAGCCAUUUGGCCUACAAGAAGCGCAUCGAGCGCGAAACGGACGAGGACAUUAUUUGGUCCAAGGAGCAGGCAACCAAAAUGCACGAAUCGCCAGGUGUCAAAGGCGGUGCUGCAGCAGCGGCCAUGAAAGCAGGCAACACGCUGCCACCAUAUAGCUAUAAGGCGCUGCCGCAGGAGGAUAAAAAGCCGGGCAAUGGUGCGCCUUUGGUAGGCAUCUUGAAGAAUGGGAAUGCGCCUCCAGCCACACCCACAGCGGUGGCAACAAAGAAUGGCGACAUUGCAGCCCGCAUCGAUGAGGUGGAGGAGGAGGACGAAGAGGAGGAGGCAGAAGAGCAGCAGUUGGAGAUGGCGGAGCAGCCAGCUGAAGAGCAAAAGGAACUACAGGAAGCACAACAGCUGCUUAACCUUGCAACGGAUGUGGAUGCGGAUGCGGCAGCGACAGCGGCUGCGGCUGCAGCUGCGGCUGCUACUGCGGCUAUAGCUGCCACUCCGGCCACCACAAAUGUUGACGAGCCAACAGAAACGCCAGGAAUGCAAAAUGGUCAGGCGGAUGCCGCGGAAUCCACUUCAGCAGCAGCAACAGCUACAACAACAGCAACACCGACAACAACAGCAACAGCAACGCCAACAACAACGAAUACAACGACAACGACUUUGCCGCAGCUACCGCAGCGACGCAAAUCCCAUUACAAAGCACGCGAUGACACGGAGCUCGCCUUUGACAUCAGCGCCGCAAAUUCCAAUUGGACAACUUCGGCAACAUCGGCUGCCCGUCGCGCCCCUCCGGCAACGCUGCCGCCCAUGUACUUAGAGGCUGCACUGCUGCAGCGGCAGUUCGCGAAUCCAAUUAGCUAUUUGGGCGGGCCACGCCUGCAGCCACGCAGCAAUCGGAACAGCAUCGAGUCGAUAUUAUCGCUGGAUUAGUCACCAAAAAGUCUCAUCAAGUGCGCCUCAGUUAGCCAGUCAGUCAG